AUGGCUGACAAUGCAGACACCGUUCUUCUUCGAGGAGGUACAAUCCUCCAGCACGGGGCGGACGACAAGAUCCAUGUCCUCCAAGACACGGACCUUCUGAUUGAGGGAGAACUCAUCAGCAAAAUCGGGAAAGACUUGGAGGCGAGUCCUAACGCUAAAGUGAUAGACUGUCGCGGCAAAAUCGUCUCGCCGGGCUUCGUCGACACGCAUCACCACGUCUGGCAGACCCAGUUGAAGGGCAGACACACGGACGACACCCUGCUCGACUAUACCGCGAAAGGAAACUGGCAGCCAUUCAACUACACGGCCACUGAUGUCUUCUGGGGCGAGCUAGGAGGCUUACUCGAGGCCAUCGAUGGCGGGACAACGUGUAUCGUCGACCACGCCCAUAUGGCAUACUCAACCAGCCACGGCGUCGCUGGGUUUGCCGCCACUCUUACUGCUGGGAUACGGUCCAUAUUCUGCUUGAGCUUGACACCUCGCCUCGACAGGUGGGAUAAUCAAGUCAUCGCCAACACUCAGCUGCUGCCGGACUGGUUCUUCCCGCUACUGACCGACCUCGAGAAGCAGUGUCGGCCGUCUAGCGGAAAGGUGGCCAUCGGGUUUGGCUUCGAUUCGUAUACUUUGCCGCCCGACGACGUGAUACGCAUUUUUGAGAGCGCGCGAAAAGCUGGAGCCAAGGUGAUCACAUCACAUUGGCGAAGGAACCACAUAGCCGGUAUGGGAUUGUCGGUGCCCAAAGCACUUGAACAAUAUGGCCUUCUCAAGCCUGACAUCAUCCUCUCUCACGCGACCGGGUCAACCGAAGAAGAAUUGCAAAUCUUGCAGAAGUCGGGAGCUUUUGUCUCCACGACGCCUGCUACGGAAUCUCAAAUGGCUCACGGAGAGAUCAUCGGUUUCAGAAGAGACGUACGAGGCUCCAUUGGUGCCGACUGCCAUUCUAACAAUCCUGCAAGCUUGCUUCACGCCAUGCAGAUUGGUCUUGCAGUAGCGCGAUCGCAUCGAAACUCCAGGAUCUUGGCCGACGGCAAAUUCCCCAAACGGAUCGAGCCCACGACAGAACAUGCUUUCAAUUUGGCAACAAUACUGGGAGCGCGAGCGGCAGGUGUUUCCGACAAGACCGGCAGCUUGGUCGAGGGCAAAGCGGCAGAUAUCAUCAUCUUCGAUACCGACACCCCUGCCAUGUGUUGCGCUUAUGACCAUGACCCUGUCGCGGCGGUAGUCCGACACGCUGGAGUGCAAGAGAUCAACACUGUCAUUGUUGCCGGCAAGCUCCUCAAGGAGAAGGGCCGUCUGGUUGAUAUUUCCUUCCGUGGUCCCGAAGUCUGGGAUGGCACUGAGGGUGUCCUUUCGACCUUUGGGCGUGGAAGCAUCCCGUGGGCCGCAGUUGCAGACCAGCUGAGAUACACGAGGCUGCAAAUACAGCGGAGAAUCGACUCUUGCGAUAUGGAUGUGGCAAAGGCAGAGAUACUCAAGCUCUGGGGUUCACAAGCAGGUGCAAACUUACUAGUCUGA